UUUCGUCAACUCAAGCUGCGUUUGCCAUAAUUGUAUAUUAUUUUUUAGUGAAUAAAAAAGAAUCGAAAAACGCAAACUAAAUGGCUGAUAAACCGCCAGAAGAUGGUUAUAUAUCCGUAGUUGAUGAAGAACCAGUAUUUUUUGAACUACUUAAGUGGGAUUCGUCUCAAUCGCAAAAGCAACAUGAGCCUCGGAGUUUAGAAAAAGCAAAAAGUCCAGAGAAAAGCGUGCCGAAGCCUAAAGACGACUCGGAUCCGUUUGAUUUGAGUGAUAGCGCGUUUAUAGACUCCUACCGACUUUCAAAAGAUCUGGCGCGAAGCCUUUGUGAGGAGUUAAAACCUGUUAUGCCUGAAUCUACUAAGUCGAUUGAAUUCUCAGUAGAGAGUAAGGUUAUGGCGACACUCUCUUUCUAUGCAACGGGUAAAUACCAAAAGUCAAUUGGUGGUAGAACUGACCCCAACAUAACACAGUACUUUGUGUCGACUGCAGUGAUACAAGUAACGGAGGCCAUGAACCAUCCCACAAUCGUUAAAAAAUAUAUACAUUUCCCUCACCUAAGGAAUGAAAGAGAAGUUGUUAAAAAUGGAUUUUACAUGAAAUAUGGCAUACCCAAUGUGGUUGGUUGUGUGGACUGCAUGCACGUACCGAUCGCUAGACCCGACGACGAUCAGAAGAAACAUUUUAACAAAUCAUACCAUUCCAAGAAAGUUCAAAUUAUAAGCGACAGCAACAUGAACAUAACGAGCGUGGACGCGAGCCCGGGCGGCGCGCUGUCGCACGACGCGGCGCUGGCGCGGCACGCCGUGCGCAUCGACCUGCAGAGCCUCAACCACGCCCGCGAGCUCGUGUGGCUGCUCGGUGGUGCACAUUACUCCCAAAAGCCAUACCUAAUGGUUCCAGUACCGAAAAUAACAAAAAAAUCUCCUGUGUCACCAGAGAAAUACUACACAAACAUACAUGCACAAGCUCAUAGUGUUGUGACAGAAACAAUUAAGCAAUUAAAAUCUCGAUGGAAAUGCCUCCAAGCGACAUGUAAUAAGCAGUUUGAUCCUCCAACAGUAGCAAUGAUGGUCGUAGCUUGCUGUGUUCUGCAUAAUAUAUGUAAUUCACACGGAUUGCCCGUUGUGCAAAUGACCCAAACAGAAGAGAGGUUGGAGGCGAUGAAACAAAGAGUGGCCAACACACCCAUAUCUCGAAAACAAGUUGAAGAUCCAAGUGGUGUUCAAGCAAGAGCUGUUUUGAUUGAACGUCUGUGGAACGAAAGGAGAGUCACACCAGAAUCAUGCUCAAACAGUAAAAAGAGAAUUUCUAAAAAGGAUAGGAUAUUAGAAUCUCAUCAGCCUCAUCACCAUCCCCACCAAAUGGCUCCACCACCACAGAGCUUGCAUGAAGAUCCCAAAAGACCCAGGCUAGUUAUGAAUAACCCAUAUGGUUUAGGUAUGGGAGUAGCUCCCGGGUGGGGACACUAUCCUCAACAUUAAUCAUAAAUACACUUCGACAGUAUUAUAUUUGGAUCUGUAAAUAGAAUUAUUGAAACAAUAAUAUUUUAAGAAUUACUUAUAUUUUGAAAUGACGUUUAAGGAAAUAUAUUUGAA